AUGGAAACCUUCCUCUUCACUUCAGAAUCUGUAAACGAAGGUCACCCCGACAAGCUGUGUGAUCAGGUUUCAGAUGCCAUCCUUGAUGCAUGUUUGGAGCAAGACCCGGAAAGUAAGGUUGCCUGUGAGACAUGUACAAAGACUAACAUGGUUAUGGUCUUUGGUGAGAUCACAACCCAGGCUAAUGUGAACUAUGAGAAAAUAGUUAGAGACACUUGCAGAGGAAUUGGAUUUGUAUCGGCUGAUGUCGGUCUUGACGCUGACAACUGCAAAGUUCUUGUCAACAUUGAGCAACAGAGUCCUGAUAUUGCUCAAGGAGUUCAUGGUCACUUGUCCAAAAAGCCAGAGGAUAUUGGUGCUGGUGAUCAAGGCCACAUGUUUGGCUAUGCCACUGACGAAACACCUGAGCUAAUGCCACUCACUCAUGUGCUUGCUACAAAAGUUGGUGCAAAGCUCACUGAAGUUAGAAAGAACAAAACAUGCCCGUGGCUUAGGCCGGAUGGUAAAACCCAAGUGACUGUUGAGUACCAGAAUGAUAAUGGAGCCAUGGUCCCAAUCCGUGUGCAUACUGUCCUCAUUUCAACUCAGCACGACGAAACUGUCACCAAUGAACAAAUCGCUGCAAAUUUAAAAGAGCACGUGAUAAAACCUGUUAUCCCGGCUAAAUACCUUGAUGACAAGACUAUCUUCCAUCUCAAUCCCUCUGGUCGGUUUGUGAUUGGUGGACCUCAUGGAGAUGCAGGACUCACCGGUAGGAAGAUCAUUAUUGACACCUAUGGCGGUUGGGGUGCUCAUGGUGGAGGUGCCUUUUCUGGCAAGGACCCAACCAAGGUCGAUAGAAGUGGUGCAUAUAUUGUUAGGCAAGCAGCUAAAAGUGUUGUAGCUUCGGGGCUUGCAAGACGCUGUAUUGUGCAGGUUUCUUAUGCAAUUGGAGUCCCAGAGCCACUUUCUGUAUUUGUUGACUCAUACAAAACAGGAAAGAUUCCAGACAAGGACAUCUUGGUUCUCAUCAAGGAGAAUUUUGACUUCAGGCCAGGAAUGAUUUCCAACAAUCUUGACCUCAAAAGAGGUGGCAACUUCAGGUACCAAAAGACUGCUGCUUAUGGCCAUUUUGGACGUGAUGAUCCUGAUUUCACUUGGGAGACUGUCAAGAUACUCAAGCCCAAGGCUUGA